CUUCUCACCCGCUGAGAUAUGAGUGAAUUGGGAUCAAUUAAUCCAUUGGCUCGAAAAAUCCCGAUGAUAUACUGCAGUAUAUCAUACCAAGACCAAAAAGGCCAGUUUCACCUUUCGUCUAGACUUUCACCCCUCACGUGGCUUCUGACCGCUUCCUAUAUACCGGGCUGUACGGGAAGAACAAACAUUCCACUAUGAGGAACCGACGUGCGUGUGAUGCUUGCCGUCAGCGAAAGAUUCAAUGUGACGGUGAUGCUUCCAGCCCUACACAACAGUGCAACUGGUGUAGCUGCCACGGGAUGAUAUGCACAUUCCAUGGACUGAGGACAAAGGUGGUAAAGAGCCUACCAAGUCUGGAGUUUAAGGACGGCCAACCUGGCAGUUCUGAACGUGCCAAGAAUGACCCAUCAUCCGACGGCAUUGGUGCAAAGUCGGAACUCCAUUCGAUUCCAUGCCAUCCGAGGGUGGUCAAUUGGGUGGCGCCGAAAGGCUCGCCCACUCUCUAUGCCGGACUUCUCAUGGGCCAGAAUCGCUGCCACACUGGCAUCCCCUUCUUCACCAAAGGAGACGAGGAAUGGAUUAAUUCGCGGACUGGUGGAGAAGCCAACUUUCAGAUAUUCACAGCACUCCGUAUGAGGCAACAAACCCAGCUGUCAGACUCACCUCACAUACCCGCCCACGGAGCAAACGGCGAUCUCGGCGUCCUUCCAUCGCGAGGCAUUACCAAGGCGUUCUUGGAUGCAUUUCACCAAUCCUUUCUGAGAUUGGUAUUCCCGGUUGUCGACUAUACGCUGUUCCAGGAAACCAUUGCUGCGGCCUAUGAAGCCAGCGACGCCCUGUCGUCGCCGAAGCAAACCGCCGCAAAGGUAUGCGUGUUGGCCUUCAUCUCUAUGGUGGGGGUUUUGUUCCACGGAAGACUGUCAUUCCUUCCCGCAAUGGACUGGGAUGCGUGUUACCACGCGGCGCGCUCCUUUCUGCCAAACAUGCUCGAUGAAGCCACCUUGGAGAAUCUCCAAACCGUCUUGAUGCUGUACCUUCGCCAACGAUACAUCGGGCACUCAGAGUCGAGCGUUAUUCUCCACUCGAUCGCUUGCCGAAUGGCAUUCAUUCUUGGUGGAAAUACCUAUACAGAGACCCAGGCUUUCAGAAACGAGAUUACUAACCAGGAACGACAAACCCGUCACAUCCGGCUGCUCUUCUGGCAUUGCUACAUCUUCGAUAAGGAUAUCGCCCUUCGGACAGGACAGCCGCCAUUCAUAUCUGAUAUGCACUGUGAUCUCACCUUACCCAAAGGCUACGUGGAAACCCAGUUCGUACUGCCUCUGCCAGGGCACCAUAUCUCUUCGUCUUACUAUGCGGACGAAUCGCUGGUUCCCUUUCUUCCAGGAGAGUUACGACUGAGUAUGCUUAAACAUAAAACAUACGAGUUGUUAUACUCCACUAAAGCACUCGCCAAACUAGACUCUGAAAUAAUCCGUGCUAUUCUGGAGCUGGAUGAUGAGCUUGAAAGCUGGCGAUUAUCUAUCCCAAAGGUGGUCCGCCCUGCCCUCUCGGUGUCUGAUGUCAAGCAAGCACUAUCAGAGCUCCCGAUUCAACACCGAAUGCAGAAUAUUGUUCUGCACCUCGAGUACCACUAUCUUGUGGUGACGAUUCACAGGGCAGGUGCUAGAUGUAUUGCGGAUGAUUCAGAUACUCAUCCUGAUGCCGAUGAGCGCUACACAGCAAUUAAUUCAAGUAUCGCCUUAUGCCUUGAAGCGAGUCGGUCAACUUUAUGUUAUCUCCACGCGGUCAUCGAUGAUCUAGCUGGUGAAAUGUUCUGGGUUACUGUCUUCUAUCCCACAGCGGCGGCGAUGAUGCUGUUCCUUCAUGUUUUAGCUGAGCCAUUGGCUCCACAAUCAAAGUCAGAUUUAGAACUGCUAAGCUUAGCAGCAGGCCUAAUUCGCAGUAUGCCAAUACUCAGACUGACAGCGCGUGAGGCUGGUCACGUGCAGUUAGUAACCGAUUUUAUAACAGAACUGGCCCGUCUUGGUAAUUGCGCUGUCAGCAAUGCGGAAAAGGAAGCGGAAUUGAUUACUUCUCAUAUUAUACGACAGCCGACAGACCUAAAGGGCGGAGCUGUUGAGUGACUUGGUCAAUUCCAGAGUGUCCAGAUCCUGUAUCUCGCUGGAGCUCACACCAUCUGCGGCACCAAGAGAUAGCAGUGUUCAUUGGGGAUGUCGUCAAUGAUGCCAUAUAGCCAAUUGAAGCUGAUGAAGUAAAUAAAAAAAAAUGAAG